AUGGCUGAAAAAGAUUUAUAUAAUUUGAGCAAAAUUUUCUAUUAUUUUCGUGAAAAAUAUUAUAAUCAAGCAUAUGUAUCAGCAAAUGAAGGUUUAAAACGUUUUGUUAAUGAUGGAAUACUUAAAUUCUAUUCAGCAUUAGCACAACUUAUGAAUGCACGAUUAAAUGAAUCAAUGCGUGAAUUAGAACAAUUACGUAUAAAACCAGAAUUAAGUGUUGCAACACUUAUAGCAUUAAUAUAUGCUCAUAAACAACAUAAAACACAAGAUCGUGAAGCAAUUACAGAAUAUGAAAGUAAAGUUAAAGAAUUACGUAAACAAGCUGAUGAUGUGGCUUUAUUUUAUGCGGCACAUACAUUAUAUAUUACUGGUAAACCAGAUAAAGCAACAGAAUAUAUUGAUCGAGCAACAAAACAAAAUCAAACAAAUUUUUUUGCUUCAAGUUUGAAAGGUUGGAUAUUAAUAGCAACUGAUGUUCCGAAAGAAUCUAAACAAUAUUUUGAGGCUGCUUUAAAACUUGAAAGUAACUUUCCUGAUGCUGCAUUUGGUUAUGCAAAAUAUCGUGAAAUACGUUCAAACUUUUCUCAAGCACUCGAAUAUGUUAAUCGUGUAUUAGCAACUAGAAGCGAUUAUUUACCAGCUGUUUUAGAAAAUAUGAAAUUACAAUUAUGUAUGCAGGACUGGGAACAAUGCGAAGAUGUUGCUCAAAGAGCAUUUCGUAUUGAUUCCAAUUGUGUUGAAGCACAUAAGUAUCAUUAUCUUUAUUUAAUAUGUAAAGAAGGAAAUUAUAGUGAUGCACAACAAGCAUUUACUCAACUUUUACAAGCACUUGAUAUAUCUGAACCAAGAGGUGCUUGGCAAUAUUAUGAAAUCUCACAAGUUGUUGCAAGAGUGUGUGGACGAAAUCCUCAAAUUCUUCAUCAUAGUGAUACACUUCUUCAACGUGCUUUAGAAAUGGAUUCAUCAAAUACAGAAUAUCUUAUUGAAGCUGGUUAUCAAGCAUUAAUGGGAAAUAAAAUAAAUGAUGCUAUUAAAUUCUAUAAAACUGCAGGAAAAACACAAGCAGAUAGUAUAGCAGCUGUUUACGGUAUUAUUCAUUGUCAAAUAUUGGAAGGAAAAUAUAAUGAUGCAAAACAACAAAUUGAAUUUCAAAAUGAAGUUCAAACAGCAAAUACUUCUGAACUUGCUCAUCUCAAAGCUCUUCUUGCUAAAAAUGAAAAUGUCCUACCAGCAGAUCAAAUCGUACAUCUAUUUGAUAUAGCUGCUGAACAACAUUUUAAAAAUCUUCGAGGUUUACCAUUAGGUAAAAAAUAUUUACUUUGUCUAAAUCCAGAUUUUAUUCUUGAAAUUAUUCGUGAAUAUAUGGUUAAUACAUCUUCACAACCAAUUGAACCAGGUCAAACUCUUGAUCCUUGUCUUCGAAAAGCAAGUGGAAUUCUUGAACAAUUAACAAGAGCUGUACCAGGUUUACUUGAAGGUCUUUUUCUUUUGGCUAAAGUCAAAUAUUUAUCGGGUGAAAUGAAUGAAGCAAAAGCUACACUUCGUCGAAUAAUUGAUCAAGAAGCAACAUAUUCGGAUGCAUAUAUACUUCUAGCACAAGUUCAUACACGUGAAGGCAAUAUUAAUCAAGCAUAUGAAUCAUUAGAGCAUGGUUUAUCAUAUAAUUUUGAUUUAAAAACUCAUCCAUUAUAUCAUUUAAUACGUGCAAGAAUUUUAAAGAAAGAAAAAAAAUAUGAAGAAGCUUGUAAAUUAUUACAAAGUGCAUUAAAUUUAACGGGAAUUAAAAAACGUCAAGAAACUGAAACAUUAAAAACGCCACGAUCAAAAUCCGAUGGAAAUGCUUCAAGUAUUCAAACAUCUAUACAAGAUCGUGCUAGUGUUUAUUUAGAAUUAGCUGAAAUACAAUUAUUACUUAAUCGUGUACAUGAAGCAAGUAUUUUAUUACAAGAAGCAAGUUCAGAAUUUCAAGGUACAAGCGAAGAAUCACGAAUAUUAUUAACAAAUGUUGAUUUGGCAUUGAAACGUGGUGAUAUUAAUCAAGCAAUUGAAACUUUAUUACAGAUUAAAUCUGAUCAAGCAUAUUAUGUACCAGCAAGAGAAAAAUUAGCUGAAAUUUAUUUGAAACAUCGAAGAGAUAAAAAAUUAUAUAUUAAAACUUAUAAAGAACUUGUUGAUCGAGAUCCAACACCACAAGCUUUAGUUAUCUUAGGAGAUGCAUACAUGAGUAUUAUGGAGCCUGAAAAAGCUAUUGAAGUCUAUGAUGCUGCACUUCGUCAAAAUAAUCGUGAUAUAACAUUAAUGAAAAAAAUUGGUGAAGCUUAUAUAAAAACUCAUGCAUAUAAUAAAGCUAUAAAAUACUAUGAAGCUAUUGUUAAAGCUGAACCACAAAGUGAAUUAAGAAUUAAUCUUGCUGAUCUUUUAAGUAAAUUAAAUCAAAUUGAACAAGCACAAAAAAUUCUUGAGCAAUUACUUAAAGAAGAAGUACCAAAUACAAAUUUUCAACAUGCUCAACAAGUAACAAAAGCUUAUGAAAUUAUUGCAAAUAUGCUUGAGCAAUCGAAACAAUUCGAAGAAACUAAACAAUAUUUGAUUAAAGCAAAAGAUAAUCAAAAGAAAUUACUUAAACGUUUACAACUUGAAGAAGGAGAUGUUCUAAAAGAUAAUCAAAAAUUAUAUUGCAACAUAUGUUAUCGUUUGGCAACAAUGUAUUUUGAUGAACAAAAUUAUGAAGCGGCUAUUAAAGAUUUAAAAGAAGCGAGUGCAAUUGAUGAUCGAAAUUUAAAAAUACAAAUGAUGUUAGCUAAAGCUUAUUUAAAUUCAGAACAAUAUGAAUUAUGUGAACAAAUUUGUACUUAUAUGAUUAAAACAUUUCCCAAUGAUAAUUCAGUACAAAUUAUGAUGGCAAAUCAUUUGUUACGUAAAAAUGAAAUAGAAAAAGCUAUACAACAAUACAAAGAUAUAAUCGAACGAAAUCCAAAUAAUUUCGAUCCAUUUGUACAAAUGACUAAAUCACUUUAUCGAGCUGGACGUUUGGAUGAAAUUAGUGAUAUUUUAGAAAAGACAGAAAAAAAUAAUUUAAGAGCAUACAAUGAUGCCGCUUUCAAUUUUGCCAAAGGUUUAUUAUCUUAUUAUUUAUGUAAACCAAGUGAAGCUCUAUCUUGUUUUAAUAAAUGUCGUCGUGAUAAACAAUAUGGUCGUCAAGCUGUUUAUGCUAUGGUUAAAAUUGUUCUUAAUCCCGAUAAUGAAAUUAUUGCAAAUGAGGAUGAUUGGAAACGAAGAAUACAUGGUGCACGAUCUGAUGAAGUUAAAACUGCACAAGCAACAGCCUUGAAUCUACUUCAAAGUAUAGGUGCAGGAUCGAAUGAUAUUCGAUAUAAAGUAUUAGAAAAUUGGUGUUUGGCUUAUACAGGUGAAAAAAGUAGUCUUGAACAAGCAGCUGAAAAUCUUGGACAAAUUCUUAAUGAUCAUAAAGAUAAUAUUGGAGCAUUAUGUGCUAUAAGUGAAUGUUUUAUUGGAUUGAAAAAUGUUCAAAAAGCUCGACAAUAUUUAAAAAAAACAACUAAAAUUACUUGGAAUAUGGAUGAUGCAGAUGAACUUGAACAAUGUUGGUUAAUGCUUGCUAUGACUUAUGUUCAAGCAACAAAAUAUGAUGAAGCACUUGAAUUAUGUAAAAAAGUGUUACAUGUUAAUAAGUGUUCAACAAGAGCUCUGGAAACUUUAGGAAUGAUGAAUGAACAAACUGGAGCACAUAAUGAUGCAGCAGAAAAUUACGAGCAAGCAUGGAAAUAUAGUCGAAAAAAUCAACCAUCCAUAGGUUAUAAAUUAGCAUUCAGUUAUCUCAAAUCAAAACGGCUUACAGAUGCUAUUGAUAUCGCACAUUUCAUUCUUCAACGAUAUCCAGAUAAUACACGUGUUCGAAAAGAUAUUCUUGAAAAAGCACGUUUAGCACUUAAAUAA